GCUCCCAAAAUGGAGGCUCAAGGUCAACACGACUUGGCCACCCUGCGGGCCGCUGUCAAAGAUUACCGGCCUGGUCUCUUGGUAGGAAACAAGACAUCGAGCAAUGCCAUCACUCACGAGUAUGCCAAAGCCGACCCGGUCUACGUGGAUAAGACAAUUGCCCUUCCCCAGACUUACUCCCACUAUCGACCCAUUCAAGGCGACGGUAACUCUGGAUGGCGGGCAAUUGGAUUCAGCUACUUCGAGAUGCUCAUCGAGUCAGGCGACCAGGCCAAGGUCGAAGGUGAGGUCGUCCGACUCUGCGGCAUGAACCAGAUGCUAUUGACUGUUGGUGGCUAUACGUACUUUGAAGACUGGGCCGACGAAAUGAUCGGGCUCCUACGCGAGGUGGCCCAGAAUAUAAACAAUCCACCUCUGGCAAACACGGUGGUUCAAGAGCGGUGGAACGACCACGGCCUCGCUGGUGGUAUCAUUUGCUACCUCCGCAUCCUCGGCGCUACGUACCUCAAGGCCAAUGCUGCCACCUAUGAGCCAUUCCUUACCGAAGUUGUCGGCGGCAUUCAGGGCUACUGCAGUCAGUCGAUCGAGCUUGUCGACCGCGAGAUUGAGCAUCUUGGUAUUGUUGCCCUGGUCAACGUCCUGCUCAUGCCCGUCAAUUUUGUUCUCGAGAUCGCCUACCUUGACCGCGGCCCUGGCAGUCAGGUCAACCAGUAUCGCUUCCCCAAGGAGGCCAACGGCAGGGAUCUCGCGAAUAUCGAUCCCAUAAUCUACCUGCUCUACCACCCCGACCACUACGAUAUCCUCUACAGGGCUCCGCCUAUCCCCCUUGUUUCUGUUCCUGCUGCCCCAGUCUCGGUGCAAGUUAAUCGUGUCAGCGGCUUCUCCCACAAUACCGAGGUUCACCGGACACACACAAACAUCGGUCAAUCCUCAACGGUUGACUUUGGCGCUCUAGCCACGAUCCCAGGCCUCGACGCAGCCCCAUCUAUGGGAGGACUCGCGCCCCUCGCUCCGCCCCCUCCGACGAGCUCGGCUCCAGAACCAUUCUCGUCUGUACAGCACAGCCCGUGGAUGGCUUCAUUCCCCGAGGGAUGGUCAGCGCUAGCACCACAAGCCGCACUUCCGCCGCCUUCUGUCAUGCCGUCACCUCAGCCCCGUACGCCCCCGACCCUUAUGUCUGCAAUUUUAGCUGUUGGGCCCAACCACUCGACGAUUGCAACUUCUAGUCUUGGCCCUCAAACGUCUCUCAUGCCACCACUUCGCACUACGCCCGGCUAUCACAUACGCUUCAGCCCGGCACAACUUGAGUACGAAGAGAGCAAGAACAGCUUCCCCGAGUCGACAUUCCAGGUAACUACCAACGCUUUCAAGAAUAGUGUAUGGAAUCGAGCGCACUACAGAAAUCCAGACUUUCAUCCAGAUGAGUGGAGCCCAGAUGACGAACAAGUGGAUGGCAGAGAUGCGGGUAAAGGAAAGUCGAAGAAGGAAACGUCAUAGUACAGGAUGCAUGAAUGGGGGUUAGGUGUCUCCAUGCAGGGAUUUCAGGGGCCGCUUCGAUGAAUCAUUCCAUAACAUCGCGGGCAGACUGCAGCUGCCGGGAUGACAUGACCCCAAAGUCAACGUGCUCCAGCUGGUGCAUGUCUGGCUCUGCGGCAAAGAGAACGUGCCAUGGUUGAUGACCCUCGACGACGCCGAUUCCGUCGAGGCGCUCUUUCGGAACCAGGGCUCCUAAUAGUGCGGACCAUUAAGAGCACUAUUAGUGCACACUGUAGUCCAGACUAAUAGUCUAUGCACUAUUGGUUCAGUGUGACGUCUCUCGGACUACACCGAUGGUUCAGUGCAGGCCUCUCGGACCAAACUGAUAGUCCAGUGUAACUCGACCAGACUGACCAGUAGUUCAGUGCGAGGGACGCAGACUAACAGUCUCACUAUUAGUGCGCCCAAGA